AUGGAUGAGACACACACUCGGACAAAAAGGUCCCCAAGCGAAACCCAUGCCUGGAUUCUUGGCAGCGGGACUCCAUCUCUUGCAUCGGCAGUUUAUCUAGUACAGCGCGCCAAGCUGCCACCGGGAAAUGUGCACAUUUUGGAUUCACAUAUAUCCAUGGGCGCAGCAUUGCACGAUAUGGGUGACUCCAGCCAUGGGUACGAUCAGUUCGCAGGAUGUCUGCCAAUCCCAGCUGGAGCGCCUUUGAACGAGCUUCUGGGGUCUAUUCCCUCAGGGAGGGAUAGUGACCCUACAGUACUGGAAGAGAUCCAAAAGGCAGAAGCGAGUCAUAUGCCUGCAAAUCCGCACCACCGAACUAAAUUCAUUCUUCAAAAAACAAACAGCAAAGAAAAUUUGCAACUCAAUAAGCUGGGAUUGAGCAUCAAAAGCCGCGUGGAUCUAGCAUUGCUGAUGAUACGAAGUGAGAAACGCCUGGGCAGGAAUCAAAUUAGCGAUUUUAUGCCCAAAAAUUUCUUCGAAAGUAUGUUUUGGAUCACAUGGGCUGCCCAAUUUGGUUUUCAACCCUGGCACAGCGCCAUAGAAUUCAGACGGACUCUUCGUCAAUAUCUCAAACAAUACCCUCACCUGAGUAUCCUCAAAUGCAUGGAUAUUACUGGACAUUACCAGAACGAAUCUAUAUUUCGACCUAUAUACCUCUAUCUCUACAACUUAGGCGUGGACUUCCUCUUUGAUACCAAAGUCACGGAUAUCGUUGUCACCGCUGCCCGAGACGGCCGACAAAGGGUAUCUAGAUUAAGUCUUAUCGCCAAUGGAUUCCAGAUCACAAAGGAGAUAGAUACACAAGAUAUAGUUAUUAUGAUGCUGGGUUCCACCGUUUCAGGAUCAUCAAGCGGUACAAAUAGCCACCAUCCUGUUUCCAAGCCUAUUGAACCGGCCGACGAGCUUGAUGAGAAUUGGGCAUUAUGGCUAGAGCUAGAGACCAAUCAGCUCACAUUUGGCAACCCUUACAACUUUUGCACUCGCCUGAACGAAUCGAUUUUAGCUUCCUUCACAAUCACCACCGCAGACUCUUCCCUUUGGGAAUUUUUGGUUUCCAUAGCGGACCAUUCGGCGGCUGGAACAAUGAUAAUGCUACAGGAAAGCAAUUGGAAGCUUCGCCUUUGCAUACCUACGCAGCCCGUCUUCAGCCAACAACCAAGAGAUACCUACGUGAUCUGGGGCUUCAUGUUGUUCCCGAGACGCAAAGGGAAUUACGUCCAAAAAUUGAUGGAACAAUGUUCUGGUGCCGAGAUUCUCACAGAAGUGCUUGGACAUCUUGGAUACCCAACCUUGGUCCACCACACCAUGACCAUUCCUCGUCUCAUGCCACGGAUGACUUCCAUGUUACUCGUCCGCUCGAUGACCGACCGCCCUGAGAUCGUACCUGCAAAUUCAUUGAAUUUUGGCUUCAUUGGCCAGUUUGUCGAAAUUCCGCGGUACAGUUCCGUGGACAUCAGCUAUGGAAUUCGUACUGCGCAGGUAGCUACAUCGCGACUGAUGGGGAUUCCUUUGCCGAAAAAUGCGCAUGAUGACCUUGCCUCUACGCCUAUGAAUUUGCUAAGGCUUUUUUACUGGAAAUGA